AUGUCGGGCCGAGGGAAACAAGGCGGAAAAGUGAGGGCUAAGGCAAAGUCUCGUUCAUCUCGGGCCGGCUUGCAGUUUCCGGUUGGCCGUGUUCAUCGGCUUCUCCGGAAGGGUAAUUAUGCUGAGCGAGUUGGAGCUGGAGCCCCGGUCUAUAUGGCGGCUGUCUUAGAAUAUCUGACCGCUGAGAUUCUCGAGUUGGCUGGUAACGCUGCUCGGGAUAACAAAAAGACUAGGAUCAUCCCCCGCCAUCUGCAGCUCGCCAUCCGUAACGACGAGGAGCUCAACAAGCUGCUGGGGAAAGUCACGAUCGCUCAAGGGGGUGUCCUGCCCAACAUCCAGGCUGUGCUGCUGCCUAAGAAAACCGAAAGUCAUAAAGCCAAGAGCAAGUAAAAGUGACUUAGAGAAAACGAGAUAAUUUUUAAAAAUAACCCAAAGGCUCUUUUCAGAGCCACCCACAGGAUCAGAAAAGAGCUAAAUUAUUUUGUCUUACGGAUUUAAUAAAGGAACAAUUCUGGCUUUAUUUUUGAAGGUUGACUAUUUUAAGAGCAAACAUCCCAAACACCGAGAAAAGAAGAACAGAAUAUAGGAAAAAUGCAUCUUUUCUCUCUGAUGCUUCCAGUUUAGCUACAAUGAAGUGUUGCAGAGCUACAUUUUUUCUGGUCUGCUGAAAUGUACUCUUAUUGAGUGGUGAGGGAGACUAGAGGUAGAUUUCACUGUAACUCUUAAACUGGUCCAAUUACCCUGUUUGUUACAAGCUGACCCCUUAUAUAGGUUUCUAGUCAUUGGCUCUUGUUAUACCUUUGCCUGCUACAUUUAAGAGCUCUCUACUCUAAACUAAACUAAACUAAAACAAAACAAACAAAAACUCUCCAGGUCAGUGCUUGGAGAUUGAGAACAAGACACCCUUGCUCAUCUCUUGGAUAAGAUAAACAGAAUGAGUUUCUUAAGUCUCUUUGUAAGGUAGAUUUUCCAGGCCUCAGUUCAUUCUUGGAGUUUUCUGAACCCUGUCCAAAUUUUUCAACAUCCUUUUUGGAGCGUGGACACUAGAACUAGACAAAGAAUUACUAUAAUGGUAUCACCAAAGCCACAUAAAGAAGUAAUACCAUCGUAAUUAUACAUCUAAGGUUUGUGUUAGAAGUCUUAGCAACAGCAUUACACUCAGAGCUCCUGUUUAAUUGGCUACCUACUUUUUUUCAGAGUCACUGUUUUCCACUGUACGUGCAUAUUUAUUGUCAUCAAAGGAACAUUUUGGUUUGUUAUGCUAACAAUUCUCUUAUCUCAACAGAAAUCUUAACAUGAGCAACUUGGGAGACUUCUGAGUGGUGUGUUUUUGGGAGGCGCCUUCAUUGUUUAGAUGGAAGGAAGCUUUUAGCGGCCUUAUGUGUAUUAUCCUCUUAUUUUUCUAUUUCAGUAACCUUUCCUUAGUUCCUCCUGAGCCACUGACACAUCAGGCAGUCCAGUUCUUCCACUGAUUAUGGACAUUCAUUAAUUGUGAUACUUCUUCCCAGAUGAUUCCAGCAUAUUGAAUACCCUUUGUCACUGUCUUCUGCCAGUGUUUCCUUGGCCAUCCUCACUUUCUUUUUCCUCCCUUGGGUACUCCGUUCCAUACUUGCUUACCAUGUCUCCCAUCUUCCAUACAGUGUACAUCUCCCAACCGCCUGAGCCUUCUUUCUUUGUGUAUAUUAUCUAACACAUCCUGCUCUGUCAGCGCCCUUACUCUCUCAUUUGUUAUUUUGUUUUUCCAUUAAAUGUGUAGUGUUUUUCAA